AAAGACUUGAUUAUACACUUGUAUCUUAAUAUACUAUUUUGAAAGUAUAUAAUAUAAGCGGUGCCUCACACAGAAUCAAGACUUAGACAUUUUCUACGACUACGCCACUGUAAAAAAGAGUGCUACGCACAUGCUGUUUUAAUGCUUGCUCCCAGCUGAUUCAUAUACAGCUAUCUUCAUAGAUGUUAUAGUGGUGGUGACUUAACCUUAAAGUCUAGAUAGAUAUCUUGAACUUUCGGAUUUGUAAUCACAGAAAGUAGCGGUGUGUGGUUUAUUGAUCUAUACUACCCUAAAAAAAUAUAUAUCAAAAAAUGGUGGUGGCGCGUAAAUUCUUACUUGCAAAACACUUUGUUGGCCCUCCCAAUGCUGAUGAUUUUAAGAUAGUUGAAGAGGAACUACCGGAUCUUAAGGAUGGAGAAUUUCUAGCAGAAGCUGUCUAUUUAAGCGUCGAUCCAUAUAUGAGGGCGUACUCUUAUCGUCUGAGUGAAGGUACUCCAAUGGUAGGAAAUCAGGUCGCCAAAAUUAUUGAAAGUAAAAGUGACGAUUUUCCAGUUGGAAAAUACGUCGCCGCACAAUUCGAUUGGCAAACCCAUACAAUUAGCUCGGCCGACGGUGUUGGCAGUCCAUACAUCUUACCAGAUUUAGAAGAUUUACCGUUGUCGUACAGCUUGGGUGUGCUCGGUAGUCCAGGAAAUACAGCGUAUUUUUCAUUUCUUGAUAUUUGUAAGCCAAAGGCUGGAGAAACUGUUGUGAUCAGCGGAGCCGCUGGAGCGGUUGGUAGUAUCGUUGGGCAAAUUGCAAAAAUGCAGUCUUGUGAAGUUAUAGGAAUAACUGGAUCUGAUGAUAAAGGGCAGUAUCUCGUAGACAAUUUUGGAUUUGACUCGUAUGUGAACUAUAAACGUGAUAAUUUAGAAGAACAACUCAAGAGAGCAGCUCCAGAAGGAAUAGAUUGUUAUUUUGAUAAUGUGGCUGGUGAAAUUAGUACCACUGUUAUUAAACAAAUGAAUAUGUUUGGAAGAAUUUGUGUGUGUGGAUCAAUAUCUUCCUAUAAUACUGAUAUCAGUGAUCCCCCUAAAGUGUCCUGCAUUCAACUGCACAUGUUACAAAAACAGUUGGUAAUGCAAGGUUUUCAAGUUAUACCAUACAGAAGUCGUAUUCUUGAAAGCAUAAAUCAACAUUUGGAAUGGCUAAGAGCAGGAAAACUGAAAUAUGUCGAAACAAUUACUGAAGGAUUUGAGAACAUGCCUAAAGCUUUCAGUGAAAUGUUAGAAGGCAGAAAUCUGGGUAAAGCAGUAGUGAAAGUAUAAAAAAUCUUAUGAAUAGUUUUUGUAUACCCUGUGUAGUGUUAGGUCAUAAAAAAAUAAAUAUUGGAAUUUAAUUGUA